AUGAGUGCUAUAGAGAGUGUCGCGUCAAAUGAAGGACACGUGCAACAGCCGCACAGAAAACUUGUCGAGAUGUCUUGUAGUAAAAAUGCGGUAAGACGGCGUGAUUCACACUCGUCAGUAGGCCAUUCAGAAUCAUAUCGGUCUGGGAAGACUUCGGAGUUCCUUAAAGGUCGUCAUUCAUCGAAGGAAAGGUUGUCGAGAAACUGCAGCGAUAUGGUUGAUCUUGAAAAAGGUUUAACAUUGAAUGAUAAUGGUGCACGAAAAUCAGCGGCUCGUAGGUCUACUCAUUGCUUGGAGCCAAGCUGCUCAAAUUGGUAUGGUCGAUGCGAUAAUGUCAAGGAGGGAGAGAAGUCCAACGGCGGGGAGUUCAGUGGUCUUGUUCAACGUAUUUCUUGUGAUAUGAAAUGCUCAGUUCGCAAGCAUGAUGGCCAUCAGUACAGAACUGGUUCUAAAAAGAAAUUCGCCAGUGAGGGGACGAAAUAUCAUCGUCUUAGUUGUCCAGGAAGAUUGUUGGAUAGGAAGUUCUGGCUGGAACUGAAGUUAAAUUUUGCUCAAAAUAUUGUUGUACGUUGCGAUUUAUUUCUUAACAUUAUGUCAGAGUGCACUGGUUUUAUCAUGUGGAAUUCUCAGGCUGAAGAAGAUAUUUCUGUCCAAUAUACUGGAAGUAGGAAAGGCGCUGUGGAAUCGAAAGACUUAGGCGUGAAUGAAAAUGAUGGCUCUGAAGGCACUAUGUUUUCAAUAAAGACGCCAGAAUUUGAGAAUGAGAAGUCUGGUUUCUAUGCGGAGAAACAGUUCCCUCGUCUGUUUUUCAAUAAUGGCACUGAUUCACUUUCGAGAAGACGUAGAGGCAGGAACCGAGUGUUUGGCACCAUGGAUAAAAGAGAUGAUGACCGUGAUAGGAAGUCUCGCCCUAACUCGUUUAUUCUCAAGAAAUCAAAAGCGAAAAAAAGCAGAAGAAGUGUGAGGCGAGAUCCCGAGAGCACCCGCUUAUCUGUAACAUUGGUUCAAGGAGAUGCAAAACCACCUUUACGAAGGGUUGUCCGGAAAUCAUUAUCGAGAAUUCCUUCGUCUUCGAUAAUUCAUCAUUCUUAUGUGCCUUCUGAUGGUCAUAUAAGAAAUAGCUGGCCGGGGAGUGAAGGCGUGGGUGGAAGUCGUCGUUGGGUGGUAACAACGGACCUUGUAGAUGUGGAUACUUCAGAGGUCUUUGUUAGUCCUCUUCCUUGCUCCCACUUAUCAAGCGAAGGGUUAAACCAAGUUGGCCAAUAA